AUGGCAACACGCGCUAUACCGAAGCCACACCUUCGGGUAUCAACUACCUCAAGCAGGUCUUCAUCACCGGUCCUCUCAGAAACAACGCGCUUUCACCAGGAACUCAACCUAAGUGAUGGCCGUACCCUCGGAUACGCAGAAUACGGCAACAGCACCGACUACCCCCUCAUCUACUUCCACGGCUACCCAUCCUCACGCCUAGAAGGCUGGGGCUUCGGUAAAUGGCCGCAGAAGCACGGCUUCCGCCUUAUAGUCCCAGAUAGACCAGGCUUCGGACUAUCGAGCUACCAGCCAAACCGUCGGCUCCUUGACUGGCCAGCCGACGUCCAAGCUCUCGUCUCGCAUCUGGGUCUAUCGCGAUUCGCCGUCAUGGGUUGUUCUGGCGGUGGACCGUACGCGGUAGCUUGUGCGCAUCUCUUACCUCCACAAAUGAUGUCUGCCGUAGCUGUGAUCGCGGGUUCGCCGCCCUGGACUGCUGGGAUUGAGAAUGUGACCGUUAGCAGGAAGCUGCUUUCCCGCGCGGCGACCAAUUGCCCAACAGCCCUGGAAAUGGCUCUUAAUCCUCUACUUGGUGUGAUAAAGUGGAUUGGAGAGUCAGCUCCUGUAUCCAGAUGGUUGGAUGCAUGGAUUGAGGGGAUGAAGAUGGAGAAGGAGAAGGGAGAUGAGCAGGAUGUACAAGAAGAGUUGUCGACAGAAGAGGCGAGGAAACGGAUGAUGGCCACUUCAUUUGAGGCUUUUGCACAAGGCUCUGCUGCCGCGGUCCAGGAGGCGCGGUUAUUGUCUCAGGAUUGGGGGUUCGAGUUCCAGGACGUCCCCUAUAAAGGGAUUCGGAUUUGGCAUGGAACCAAGGAUACAAAUGCGCCCAUUGGUAUGGUACGCUAUAUGGCCGAGCGCCUUCCGAAACCCGUAUUUCAUGAGCUUAAUGAAGAUCAUUAUACUAUGGGGCAUCAUUUUGAGGAGGCGAUCGUUGACUUGAUUGGAAUUGAAACGAGGAAGAAAGGCGAUGGAUCGUGUUGA